ACCAUACACGAGCCUUUUGACCGUUGGGUUCUUCAAUCAACCAGUUAUUCUUCAGAUAGAUUGCAACAUUGGGUUUUAGAGUAUUCAUUCAUUGUUAAUGAAUCCGCUUAUUUUUGUUCGAGUUGUUGUGAUCUGGUGCACAACACGAUUGUAGAAUAUUUGCAUAAAACACAAUCUUUUCCCACCACAAAAGUAUUAUUGUGUUGCACAAAAAUAUUUUCCCUUUUUGUUCACUUUCUCUAUUCCUGCGCAGCACCUCUCUCCCAGACUCCCAGUACCUGUAAAAUAAAAGCAAGAGAGGACUGAAAAUCCCCUAAUCUCCAAAACAUCCCCAGAACGCAGACGACAAAGCUCCCCCUUUGAUUUACUCUUCAAAAGUCUUUGCUUUCAAGACAAAAUCUAAGUCGGCCUAAAUUUCUAUUACUGCAAUACCCAUAAACCAGACCCUUUUCCAGUCUUGCUAGAACAGGACCUUUUCUGGGUUGAUGAGGAGCUAGAACGCAGGUGCAGUGAAAGCCUCCUCAAGCAACGCUAGAAUGGCUGGGGAAGAACAUGAAUUUAACAUUCCAAAAUCCAAAAAGGAAAGGCCAACAGAACAUAAAAACAAAAAGAAGCGAUUAUUAGAUGAAAAAGAAGAGGUUUUCAAAGAGAGGUCCCCAGCGGAUGUGAAUCCAAAAUCCAAUGAUGCAAGCACAAUAAAAGAAAGAAAGAAAAAGCAAAGGCGUUUAUUGGUAGAAUCUAGGAAGGUUGAGGAUGCACAAGAAGUUAACAGAGAGAGUCCUCAUGAGGAAGAAGAACAAGAGGUUGAUAGAAUAGGAGUGGCAGUUGAUGGGAAUUUAGAACUGAAUGGUGAAAUUGCCGAUAUUAGGAAAAAUAAAAGGAAGAAUAAGUUAUUGAAGGAAGCCGCGGAGGCUGACAAGCGCGGCAUUUGUUACUUGAGUCAGAUUCCUCCUCACAUGGAUCCUUUGAAGCUUCGGCAGAUUCUCUCUCAGUAUGGUGAAAUACAACGGAUUUAUCUCACACCUAAAAAACCUUCUACUCAAGCACAUCGUAAGCGAGCUGGUAAGUUUCAACAUCAACUAUUUUCAGAAGGAUGGGUUGAAUUUAAAGAUAAAAGGGUUGCUAAGAUGGUCCCUAAGAUGUUAAAUGGUGAACAAAUUGGCGGGAGGAAGAGGUCAUCCUUCUAUUAUGAUCUUUGGAAUAUCAAGUAUUUGAGUAAAUUCAAGUGGGAUGAUCUUACUGCAGAGACUGCUUACAAGAGUACCAUUCGGGAGCAGAAACUAGCUCUAGAGAUUUCUGCUGCCAAAAAGGAACGGGAUUUCUAUCUCUCUAAAGUUGAUCAAGCCCGUGCUUUGAGUGCUAUAGAAGAACGAUUAGAGAAGAAGCGAAAGGUCCAACAGGAGUCGGGAAUGAAUUCUGAGCUCCCUGUUAGCCAGCAGGUACGGAAGGUGAUUAGGCAAUUUCCACAAAAACAACCGGUUGCAGAUAAUGCAGGACAAGCCAAACCUCGACUUUCUAUGGACGUCCUUGCUGGGGCAUUUGGUGAUUUUUAGUCCCAAGUUCAAAAAUCAAGUUAUGCAGUCGAAUGCCAAGUAGAAGAAUUAAUAUCAUUUUUGGUUUUUUGUUGUUUUCUUUUUAUUAAUGCCCUGACCAUUUGCAGAGAGAAGAACAAAUACAAUCAUACUUUUAAUGAUGUUGGGCUUCAAACGAUCGAGUUUAAACAUCUCAUUGAAUUAUUGAAACAUUUGGUUUCA